AUGAAUUUAAAUUUUCAAAUACCAGGUGUUGUCAGUAGAAGAUAUAUAAGCGAAAUCAAAGGCAGAGGGUUAUUCGCCGAAAAAACAUUCGAAAAAGGUGAUGUAGUCUUUUCAGAAAGACCUUUAUUCAGUGUUCAACAUGUUUACAAUAGAGCAACAGCAUGGACUUGUGGUAAUUGUUUUAGAUUUUUAGGGUCAUUAAAUAAACAAAUGUUACACUAUAGAAAAGUAUUUGGUAUCAGAGAGCAAUCAGAGUUACCAGAGUUCGAUUUCCCACCAUAUACAUUCCAAACCAAAGUUUUCAGUUGCUUUGCAAAAUGUGGUGAAAAAUAUUGCUCAGAAGAAUGUAGAAAUGAGGCAUUCUAUAAUCAUCAUCAAGUUUUAUGUGUUGGUGAACAAACUCCAGAAAAUAACCCAAUGUAUUUAUUCAAGAAACACUCGAUCGACACAAACGAAUUAUUCCUUUUAGCAGCUCAAGCCAUUGCAUAUUUAAUUUGUAAAGUGGGUAAUGAUCAACCAAUGGUCGAAAAUAGUAAUACUACAACCUCUUCAAAUACCACAACUACUACCACUACCACCUCCUCCUCUUCAACAAAUGAAUCACAACAAAAUAUACCAUUGGCAGAAAGAAUUUGUAAAGAGUUCUUCCAAGAAUAUCAACAUAGAGAUUGGUGGGAUGUUAGAAUCGACGAUAAUUUUACAAAUGAAGAGGCUAGAAAAUGGUCACAGGAAUCAUUAGAAUUACUCCGUAAAGCUUUAUUACCACUUUUACAAAAUAACCCAAGAACCAACAAUGCAGUUUUUAUCAACACUAUUCUCAGUAUGGAGUUUUAUUCACAUCUUUUAGGUCUUUUGGAAAUGAACGAUAAUUCGAUUGGUUUCUUUAAUCCAUUAGAAACAUUUAGAAGAAACUUGGAUACAAUUCCAAACAUACCACAAAAUCACAAAGAUCACAUUAAAUCAAUUAUGCACUCAACUGUCGAAGAAUUCCGUAAAUAUCUAGGUUAUCAAGAGGAAGAAUGUGACGAGGAAGGUUGUGAUCACGAUCAUAGUGGUCAUAUGAUGGACGGUAGUGGCCAUGAAUCACAUGGUCACCAUCACGACCAUGGUGACUCUGCAAUGGAUGAAAAUGAAGAGGAGGAGGUAGAGGAAGUUUUCCCAUCAUUUGACGGUUAUGGUAUAUUUGGUCUUCAAGCUAUGGUUAAUCAUUCAUGUGAACCAAAUAUUAAUGUUGCUUUUUCAAAUAGCGAUAAUCGUGCUCACAUUAUGGCACUCCGUCGUAUCGAAGCUGGUGAAGAAUUAUAUCACUCUUAUAUCGAUGAAGAACUUCCAUAUGAUAUUCGUCAAGAAGAUUUAGUUACAUAUGGUUUCAAAUGCGAAUGUCGUAAAUGUAAAGCAAGAGAAUAA